CUCCCUCGCUCCAUUUCCAGCACUACGGCACUACCCAUUUCUAUUCCUCUUCACCUCGCGGCGGCGGCGCGGCGAGCAAUCGGCGCCUCUCCUCUCGGUCUACUCUCCUCCGGCCAUCCCCGUUCAUCUCUACUCUUCACUCCAUCCUCCUCCACUCCACCGUACUGCCCUGGGGUGCAGAUCAAUCGAGACUUGGGGCUGAUUUCUCGAGUUGGUGACGAACCCUAAUUUCGUUUGGAUUGUUGCAAGAGGUUUGUCCCGCCCUCUCUCUUAGCUGCGAGCGAUCAAAUUGGCAUCGUUAUCACUGGGAUGAGCGCACCGAUCCAUCGAGUUCGUCGCGGAUUUGAUUGGUUCGCGGCGGAGCACGAGUAGCAGUUCAUUUCCCCCACGUUAUGUCCAGCCCUGGAAGGAGUGGGUUCUCCCCUGGGUUGGCGCAGUUGUUAUCAUCUAGAGAUGAAGCGAAGGUUAGUUCCCAGAAGUCGCACUUGGUAUCGUACCAUGACGAGAUUGGGCACCAGGAUAUUGAGAGGACGCUAGAGCAUAUAUUUGAUCUCCCUCACAAGUCGGUGGUCCGGCCUCCGGGUCCGAUUGAUGUGGGAUUUGUGCGCUCGGUAUUGCGGAAUCAGGCAAGGAAGUUUGAUCUUGGCGGGAAAGAUAGCCGUAAAUACGAUGAUGGUGUUCUGAUUGUGGAUAAAGGUGCUGGGCAAACUAAGGUUGUUCUUGAUGAUUCGAGCAUUUGUGGCAAGUUCAAGAGCAUUUGGGGACCUUUGCUUGUUGAGAGCUCGGCAUCAUUCAGCAGCGCUAGGGCUAACACCUGCGUGUGGAAUGGCAAGUGGAUGUAUGAGGUUACCCUGGAGACGUCCGGAGUGCAGCAGCUUGGAUGGGCUACUCUCUCGUGCCCCUUCACUGAUCAGAAAGGAGUUGGUGAUUCUGAUGAUUCAUAUGCAUUUGAUGGCCGGCGGGUGACCAAAUGGAACAAUGAUCCAGAACAAUAUGGGCAGAUGUGGGCAGUAGGAGAUGUGAUUGGUUGCUGCAUCAACUUGGAUGCUGGGGAGAUCAGUUUCUACAGGAAUGGGAAUUUUCUUGGUGUUGCCUUUGAUGGGAUUCGCAAAGUGGGACCUAGGAAAGGCUACUAUCCUGCAAUUUCUCUCUCAGAAGGUGAGCGUUGCCAUCUGAACUUCGGCUCACAUCCAUUCAGGUAUCCUGUAGAUGGGUUCAAUCCAAUUGAGGCACCGCCACAUUUUUGUAUGUUUGCGGCAUAUCUUCUUAGAUGUUUGUUCCGUCUACUAGAAGUUCAAAAUCUGGAAAAAUCUGAAUCUGCAUACUUCGAGAAACUAAGGAGGGUCAAGAAAUUUGCACCUUUACGUGAACUAUUUCGACCAAUUUCGGAAGGGAUAUGUGCAGAAUUUUUCGGUGCCGCUGAAGGAAGCCAAGGGUGUUCUGAAUAUAUCACCUGGGGAUCUUUCAUCACCCUUCUUACAGAUGUUUUCAGGGUACGGGAGCCGCAUGAUUUCUUAUGCCUUGACCAGGUUCUUGAACUUUUUCUACAGUUCCCGGGGUGCAGUUCAUUACUGCAGGAGCUCAUUGUGGCUCUUUCUUGUAUGUGCAAAGCUGCUCCACUUGUGUUGACAGAAUGCCCAUUUUCUGGACCAUAUCCAUUUUUAGCGCUGGCUUGCCACAUUCUUAGGCAUAAAGAUGUAAUGCAUCUAUGGUGGAAGUCAGAAGAUUUUGCAUUCUCAUUUGAAGGAUUUCUUACGAUGAAGAUUCCAAACAAGCAGGACUUGCAGUACCUUGUACCUUCUGUUUGGUGGCCUGGGUCUUCUGAAGAUGAGGUUAGCAUGACAUUAUCGAUGACAACACUCUCCGAUGCAAUUAAGAAGAUUGAGGAUAAGCACCGUGAGCUUUGCAGCUUGGUGAUAUGCUUUGUUCCACCAACGUCUCCCCCUCUGCUUCCUGGAUCUGUGUUUCGGUCAUUUGUACAAAGUUCAAUACUAAAGGUUAGAGGUGGAGAUCAUAGGAUGGCUUCCAGUGGGACUUUCAAUGACACGGUGCUUGUCUCACUGUACACUGUAAUCCUCCAUUUGUUGUCUGAAGGAUUUUCUAUGGAUUCUUCUGGACCUGCAUCAUCCUCUAGAAUAAAUUAUGGAACUGGUGUUGGAUUUCUCCACAAAGGUGGAAAGCGGAGGUUUCCUACACAGUUAUUAUUGAGGAAUGAUGCCUAUUACAAUGUAAUUCCUAGACUCGGUGGAUCACUAAAUCACCUGUUGAUGUUUCACCAAAUUGAUGCCAAUGAAGAUGAGGUGCAGUGGGAUGAAGGUUGCAUGAAUGAUGAAGAAACACGGAUAACACACACUACAGCACAAAAACCUUGCUGCUGUUCAAUCACAGAUGUCACUGUUGGCCUGAGAUUUAAAGAAAAUGCCAAGUACAUACCAUCAACUUCGAAAGGCCCAUGCAAGUCCAUGCAUGAAAAAUCUGCACAUAUUGCCUCUGAAUGCAGUGUGAGAAGUCUUAGUAAUGAGAUUGAAGACAAACCUAUCACAAGUGCUCAAUCAGAAAUUGAAUAUGGCUAUCAAGCACUACAUCAUUUAGAAAGCAUGUCGAUGACAAACCAAUUUUCAUCAGAAGCACUAAGAGAAGAAGAGUUGCUUGAUUUUAUGCUGCUGUUAUAUCAUCUGGGUGUCUCACCAAAUUUUAGGCAGGCAUUCUAUUUUGUGUCCCAGCAAUCACAAUCCAUUUCUUUACUAGAAGAAACUGAUAGGCAGAUAAGAGAAAAAUCAUGCAUGGAGCAAGUAAGACGCUUGAAGGAAGCCCGCAAUAGUUAUCAUGAGGAGUUGGUGGAUUGUGUCAGGCAUUGUGUUUGGUAUCGUGCCACUGUUUUUUCUUCAUGGAAGCAAAGGGGAAUGUAUGCAACUUGCAUGUGGGUUGUGGAGCUUCUUUUGGUGCUCAGUGAUUCUUCUUCCAUUUUCCACUAUAUUCCUGAAUUCUAUGUGGAAUCAUUGGUAGACUGUUUCCAUGCCCUGCGGCGGAGUGAUCCUCCUUUUGUCUCUCCUGCAGUAUUUCUUAAGCAUGGGCUAGCUUCAUUUGUCACUCUUGUUGUCAAACACUUUGAUGAUCCAAGGAUAGUGAGUCCAGACUUGAAAGAUCAUCUUCUUCAAACAAUAUCGAUUCUUGUACAGUAUAAAGAAUUCAUGUUUGUAUUUGAGAACAAUCGGGAGGCUAUAAACAGAAUGCCAAGAUCACUUCUGUCAGCUUUUGAUAAUAGAUCAUGGAUACCUGUUACCAACAUACUUUUCCAACUCUGCAAAGGUUUUGGCUUUGCUUCAUCUAAGAAUGUUGAACCUUCAUCAUCUGCAAUUUUCCAGGUCCUACUCAGGGAGACAUGUAUUCAUGAAGAAGAACUGUUUUUAUCCUUUCUCAAUCGACUUUUCAACACAUUAAGUUGGACUAUGACCGAGUCCUCUAUGUCCAUCCGUGAGAUGCAAGAGAAGCGCCAGGUUGCAGAUUUGCAGCAAAGAAAGUGCAGUGUUAUUUUUGACAUAUCAUGUAGUCUUGCAAGGAUUUUGGAAUUCUUCACCAGAGAGAUUCCUCAUGCAUUCCUGAUGGGGCCAGAUAUGAAUCUGCGGAGGUUGGCUGAAUUAGUUGUCUUUAUUCUGAACCACAUCAUAUUAGCAGCCGAUGCAGAGUUCUUUGACAUGACUCUAAGACGGCCAGGGCAACAUCAAGAAAAAACAAAUUGCACUAUGAUCUUGGCUCCUCUUGUUGGCAUUAUCCUCAAUCUUAUGGAAAGCAGCAGUACUUCAGGCCAUAGGGAGUUAAAUGAUGUGAUUACAGUGUUCACAAGCAUGGAUUGCCCUGCCACAAUCCAUUUUGGGUUGCAGUACCUACUGAGCUACAAUUGGAGCAAUGUUCUCCGAGGUGACGCUUCCCUUGCAAAGCUAGCUCAGCUUGAAGAAUUCUCCCAUUACUUUAUGCACAUCACUAUGUCAGCGGAUGGCAAUGAAGAGCAAGGUUUCAGCACUGCCAGUAAUGAAGAGGACAACUGCUGCAUAUGCUACAAUUCCGAUUCGGAUACCACAUUCGAGCCAUGCCAUCACAGGUCCUGCUACGGCUGCAUAACCAGGCACCUCCUCAACAGCCAAAGGUGCUUCUUCUGCAAUGCAGUGGUGACUUCAGUUACCAGGAUAGCUGAUUCGCGCAUCGAAUCUCGGUCACCUUUGGCACCGUAAACCCGAAGAGAAGAAAGAUGGAUCAUGCCGGAUGUCUUAUCCAUUUUUGCUCGAUUUGGAGGCGCAGACAGCUCGGAGCCUCGGAGUUCUUCCCUUCUGCUUUCCUGGAAGACUGCAUCGCCAUGGUGGUGAAGUCAGAAAGGUUAAUCUUUUCCCUUGUGUAAAGAUCAGGUAAUAGUUAAAACAAAAAAAGAUUCAAUAACAGGAUUGCAGAAGGAGGCUUCUGCACAAGGUGGGAAGCCAGUACCACCCAAAGAAGGAUUCACAGAAUCGUGAAAUUUUUGUAGGUUGUAGGGAAAAAUUCCAUUGUAAAUACGAGAUAUGAAACAGAAAGGAGGUGUCAGAUCUACAUCAACCUUUUGUAAUUAUGUAGUUAAAAUAAAGAAAUACUAGAUGGUUUAUAUUGGAGGGACCUCUAGUUUUUUUCCCUCGUAUAUGUUGAAUAAGAGCCUCACUAUUUUUCUUAUGCUUACAAGGCAAAUUUUAAAUUAUAAAACUUAA